UGAAGGCGUUCACCGCAAUCUUUUGAUCUGGUAGAGCCUGGAUCUGUUGCUAAGCCAGAUUUACAAAGUUUCUGGGACUCUACAUUCUCGCACACUGUUUCGGUAACUAGUUGAGAAAGGAUAACAUCAUGCGCGCAGCUAUUCUGUUAGCACUAGUCGUGGUCCUGGGGCUUGCUUGCGUAUGCGGCAAAGGGACUGACGUCAAAAAGAGCCCAGAAGGCUCCGUACUUCUCGACGUAGACCCUAAGAUUGCCAAUGCCCCCGGGGACGAAAAGGAGAAACCUGGACCCGAAAAUGAUCCACAUCGCUGGAGAUGGAGGUUUAGAUUCAGAAGAUAUCGUAGACGUCCUUAUCCGUCACGUCGACCUUACCCCCCGCAACACACACGUCCACCACCAUCACAGCCAACUUCUAUGCCCUGUUCUUCAUCCAGGCCAGACGGUGUCCAGUGGGCUAAUGAGUGGAAAAAAUCUCUAGAUUUCGAGUGUCCCAAAGGCCAGACUCUGAUCUACAUGAAGAGCGACUACAGUGAAUGCCAUCAUGACCGAAUCUGGGCGUUUGGUUGCGGGUACAACGAGGCCUCUUACGAACACUGCUUCUGGGAACAUAAUUUCGCCAACGACCCAAGAGAUGGCAUCUUCUUUAACUGUCCGAAUCAUGGUUUUUUAGCAGGUGUAAAAGCAGAAUACGUUUUUUUUGGAGAUCGGCGCUACAAGUUUAAAUGCUGCAAUGACAGAAGUUUUGACCAUGAAGCUUGUCACCAGUCCCACACACUGAACAAGGCCGGGGAAAACUUCGAGUUCAAGGUGGAUAGGGACAAGCGAGAUUACAUCACCGGCAUUUCAAGCUGCUUCCACUUUUACAAAAGGGACAGGGUAUGGAAGAUCGACUACUGCAAGUCUGUGCAAGUAGAAGUCCCUGAACCUCAGAAAAAGGACGUCAUUAAAGACUGACGAUAUAUCCCACGUGACCAACAAAAAGAACUUUUAAGACUUAUUUCUUUCCUUUGGAUAUACGGACUAUUGAAAGUAGUUUUCCGUGUUAGAUUAGCUAGUAGUAUCAUAGAAGGCUAGACAACAAAAAGAAAAAAAGAAAGAAAAUUAAAAGUUUCCUCUGUUUUAGUGUUCGCUAAAGGGUUUUUACUAUUGUUGCGGGAAAACAACACAAAAGAUGUGGAAUCUGUGGUACAAUUAAACUUCAUGCCUUUCCACAAGUUGGACACGAGUGUAUCCUUUA